GUUGAGGUUUCACAGUAAUGCCAAAAUACCCAGCCCAAGUUCCCAUCACUGCAAAAACCUGGUUAGUUCAUAGUCAGCUUGGCUUCCUGAUCUCAAAUGGCAGUGAGGGGAAAUGCACAACUGCAGUUGUGCCGGAAUUGUUAUUGAAAGGAGAGCUGUGUGUAGUUCUGUGUGCGCUGCCUGGGAUAUUUCCUAGUGGCUUUUCUGUCUGGGACAAAUGUGGAUUUUUAUGGAGUGACUCUGUGUGUAUUGACUUUACAAGGAUUUGAAAUGCACCCCAAUGCCAUAGAUUUGGAACCUGUAUGUGUUGUAAUGAAACUGAAAAGUGAUGCUGCGUUAAGCUAGUGCUACACUGAGGCUCAGCCAGUCCUGAACUCACUGCAAAUAAAGGGCACUCUUCAUUAUCACUCAGUUGGAUUUUUCAGCUAUCAGUUUUGAAUAGUGCCUGCUGUAAAAAUACCUUAAGAACGUAAAAGAGGCUGAAUUUUUGUCUUCUCAGAUGACUAAGGUUUUCUUGGAAGUUUUCUGGUAUCUCUUUUUAAAUGCUGUUGAGGUGAAAAAGGGAACAAGGGAUGAAUUGCAGCCAUUGCUUCAUGAGCAGAAUACUCGUAGAACUGUGAAGAUAUCGUGUAAAUGGGAGCAUCUUUCCUGCAAAGGUGGUGCAAGCAGAAGUGUGAGGUGUUGUUUGGAUUGUAGCAUAGAGGCACUAUGUACUCAGAGUGGAGAUCCUUGCAUCUUGUCAUUCAAAAUGAUCAGGGGAAUACCAGUGUACUUCACAGCUAUCCUGAGAAUGUGGGGAGAGAAGUGGCAAAUGCAGUGGUCCGCCCUCUUGGACAAGCUUUAAUUACAUCAUCUGUUGGAAGUGAGAGUUUACUAAAAACAGACAAAGAAGUAAAAUGGACUAUGGAGGUGGUUUGUUAUGGACUGACUCUCCCUUUGGAUGGCGAUACUGUGAAAUACUGUGUGGAUGUGUAUACAGAUUGGAUUAUGGCUCUUGUGUUACCUAAGGACUCUAUUCCUUUACCUGUUAUUAAGGAACCAAACCUUUAUGUUCAAAGCAUUCUCAAACAUCUCCAAAAUCUCUUUGUACCAAGGCCAGACCCAGGAUCCAGUCAGAUCAGACUGUGCUUGCAGGUUUUGAAAGCUGUCCAGAAGUUGGCACAUGAGUCGACAAUUAUGGCAAGAGAAACCUGGGAGGUUUUGUUAUUAUUUCUUCUUCAGAUCAAUGACACUCUUCUAGCAGCUCCAACUGUGCAAGGUGGCAUUGCUGAGAAUCUGGCCGAGAAGUUAAUUGGCGUGCUGUUUGAGGUAUGGUUACUCGCUUGUACGCGGUGCUUUCCAACACCUCCUUACUGGAAAACUGCCAAAGAGAUGGUGGCUAACUGGCGACAUCAUCCUGCAGUAGUUGAGCAGUGGAGCAAGGUCAUUUGUGCCCUUACUUCCAGGUUGCUGCGUUUUACAUAUGGACCUUCAUUUCCUCCGUUCAAAAUUCCUGAUGAAGAUGCUGGUCUGAUUCCUCUUGAAAUGGAUAAUGAGUGUGUUGCACAAACAUGGUUUCGCUUUUUACAUAUGCUGAGUAAUCCUGUGGAUUUGAGUAACCCAGCCAUUAUUAGCUCUACCCCCAAAUUUCAGGAGCAGUUUCUGAAUGUGAGUGGGAUGACUCAAGAACUGAAUCAGUACCCCUGCCUUAAACAUCUGCCUCAAAUAUUCUUUCGUGCCAUGCGUGGAAUCAGCUGUUUAGUGGAUGCAUUCCUAGGCAUUUCCCGACCCCGAUCAGACAGUGCACCACCCACGCCAGUGAACAGGCUGAGCAUGCCCCAGAACACUGCUACCAACACCACUCCACCCCACAACAGGAGGCAUCGGGCAGUGACUGUGAACAAAGUGACCAUGAAAACCAGCACUGUAACUACUGCACAUGCUUCAAAAGUGCAGCACCAACCCUCCUCUACUUCUCCACUCUCUAGCCCAAACCAGACAAGCUCUGAGCCUCGGCCCCUUCCAGCUCCUCGCAGGCCAAAGGUUAACAGCAUCUUGAACCUCUUUGGAUCGUGGUUGUUUGAUGCAGCAUUUGUUCACUGUAAACUUCAUAAUGGAAUAAACAGAGACAGCAGCAUGACUGCUAUAGCAACGCAGGCUAGUGUGGAGUUCCGCCGGAAAGGAUCCCAAAUGUCCACAGACACUAUGGCUUCCAACCCCAUGUUUGAUGCCAGUGAAUUCCCAGACAACUAUGAAGCAGGAAGGGCAGAGGCAUGCGGGACACUGUGUAGGAUAUUUUGUAGCAAGAAGACUGGGGAGGAAAUAUUACCAGCUUACCUAUCUCGAUUUUACAUGCUUUUAAUUCAGGGUUUGCAGAUAGCAGAUUUCGUUUGCCACCCGGUUCUUGCCAGUGUUAUUCUAAACUCCCCUCCUCUGUUCUGCUGUGACCUGAAAGGCAUUGACGUUGUGGUUCCCUACUUCAUUUCGGCUCUGGAAACUAUUUUACCUGACAGAGAACUCUCAAAGUUUAAAAUCUAUGUAAACCCCACAGAGCUAAGAAGAGCUUCCAUUAACAUCUUGCUAUCUCUGUUGCCUCUCCCUCAUCAUUUUGGAACAAUAAAGUCCGAGGUUGUCCUGGAAGGGAAGUUCAGCAAUGAUGAUGGUUCAGCAUAUGAUAAGCCAGUAACAUUCCUGUCCUUGAAGCUGAGGCUUGUGAAUAUCCUUAUAGGAGCUUUGCAAACAGAAACUGAUCCAAACAACACUCAAAUGAUACUAGGUGCAAUGUUAAAUAUUGUUCAGGAUUCAGCACUGCUAGAAGCCAUUGGCUGUCAGAUGGAAACAAAUGGUGGUGAAAACAACCUCUUCAAAAGCCACAGUCGCACUAACAGCAGCAUUAGCACUGCAAGCGGUGGCAGCACAGAGCCCACAACACCCGACAGUGAGCGGCCAGCACAGGCUCUCCUGAGGGAUUAUGCUCUUCAUACAGAUACAGCUGCUGGAUUGCUCAUCCGCAGCAUUCACCUGGUAACCCAAAGGCUCAACUCCCAGUGGAGACAGGACAUGAGUAUCUCUCUGGCUGCCCUGGAGCUUCUCUCUGGACUGGCAAAGGUGAAGGUGGUGGUGGAUCCCUCCGACCGCAGGCGUGCCAUCAGCUCCGUGUGCAGCUACAUCGUGUACCAGUGCAGCCGCCCCGCCCCGCUGCACUCCCGCGACCUGCACUCCAUGAUCGUGGCAGCUUUCCAGUGCCUCUGUGUGUGGCUCACGGAGCACCCCGACAUGCUGGAUGAGAAGGACUGUCUAAAAGAGGUACUGGAGAUUGUGGAGCUGGGCAUUUCAGGGAGUAAAUCCAAAAACAGUGAACAGGAGGUCAAGUACAAAGGAGAUAAGGAACCAAACCCUGCAUCCAUGCGAGUGAAGGAUGCUGCUGAAGCUACACUAACAUGCAUUAUGCAGUUACUUGGAGCAUUUCCUUCUCCCAGUGGUCCUGCUUCUCCUUGCAGCUUGGUGAAUGAGACCACGUUAAUUAAAUAUUCCCGUCUCCCUACCAUAAACAAGCACAGCUUCCGUUACUUUGUCUUGGAUAACAGCGUCAUCCUGGCCAUGCUGGAGCAGCCUCUAGGGAAUGAACAGAAUGACUCUUUCCCCUCUGUCACUGUUCUGAUCCGUGGGACAUCUGGAAGAUUUGCGUGGGCGCAGCAACUCUGUCUUUUACCAAGAGGAGCUAAAGCAAAUCAAAAGACAUUUGUACCAGAACCUCGACCAGCUCCUAAAAAUGAUGUUGGGUUGAAACACAGUGUGAAACACCGCCCUUUUCCUGAAGAAGUGGACAAGAUUCCAUUUGUGAAAGCUGACUUAAGCAUUCCUGAUUUACAUGAAAUCGUGAAUCAGGAACUCGAGGAGCGCCAUGAGAAGCUGAGGAAUGGCAUGGCUCAGCAGAUUGUCUUUGAGACUUCCAUCGAUCAGAGAAGUGAAGAGGAGUGGCGAAAGAAGAGCUUUCCUGAUCCCAUCACGGAGUGUAAGCCCCCGCCACCGGCACAGGAGUUCCAGACAGCACGUCUGUUCCUCUCUCACUUCGGGUUCCUCUCGUUAGAGGCAUUGAAGGAACCUACUAACAGUCGUCUACCUCCUCAUCUGAUUGCACUUGACUCUGCUCUUCCUGGGUUUUUUGAUGACCUUGGCUACUUGGAUUUGUUACCUUGUCGUCCUUUUGAUACUGUUUUCAUUUUCUACAUGAAGGCAGGUCAGAAAACUAGCCAGGAGAUCCUGAAGAACAUGGAGUCUUCCAGAAUUGUUCAGCCCCACUUCCUGGAGUUCUUGCUGUCUCUUGGCUGGUCUGUUGACGUUGGGAAGCACCCUGGGUGGACUGGUCACGUCUCAACAAGCUGGUCAAUCAAUAGCUGCAGUGAUGAAGAGGGACCUGAACAAGAUGAUCUGAUUAUCUCAGAAGAUGUUGGGGCAAGUAUCUUCAAUGGGCAGAAGAAGGUGCUGUAUUAUGCAGAUGCCCUGACAGAAAUUGCCUUUGUUGUCCCAUCACCAGUGGAAUCACUGACUGAUUCACUGGAAAGCAGUGUCUCUGACCAGGAAAGUGACUCCAACAUGGAUUUGCUGCCAGGAAUAUUGAAGCAGCAGCCUCUGACACUUGAACUCUUCCCCAAUCAUACAGACAAUCUUAAUCCCUCCCAGCGGCUCAGUCCUACUUCCAGAUCCAAGAGGAUGCCUCAGGGUCGAACCAUUCCACCAAUGGGACCUGAAACCAAAGUCUAUGUGGUCUGGGUGGAACGUUAUGAUGAUAUAGAAAAUUUCCCCCUCCCUGAUCUGGUAUCUGAGACUAGCACUGGUGUGGAAACCACAGCCAAUAGUAGCACUUCCCUGAGAGCUACCAUUCCUGAGAAGGAAGUUCCUGUGAUCUUCAUCCAUCCUUUAAACACUGGAUUAUUCAGGAUAAAGCUACAAGGAGCAACUGGGAAAUUCAACAUGGUUAUCCCACUGGUGGAUGGAAUGAUAGUCAGUAGGAGAGCUCUUGGUUUUUUAGUGAGACAGACAGUAAUAAAUAUUUGUCGGAGGAAGAGGCUGGAAAGUGAUUCAUACAAUCCCCCCCACGUGCGCCGAAAACAGAAAAUAGCAGAUAUUGUCAAUAAAUACCGGAACAGGCAGCUGGAGCCAGAGUUUUAUACCUCACUUUUCCAGGAGGUUGGGCUCAAGAACUGCAACCCUUAGGUUAUUUCCAGGACAAUUAGAUCAGAGCUUGGUGGCUACACUAAUGAAAGCAGUUAAAUAACAACAACAGAUCUUCUCAGCCCUCUGGAAUUCAGGAAAUCAUGUUCUAGCACAAGUCAGCAGAUACCAUGUGGGAGGAAUGAGAAAUGAAUCCGAAACAUUGCAGUUGGGAUACUGACUUGAUUCACCUACCCUCAGAAGAUUACUAAAUUCCAGUCUUCCUGGAUGCUAGCAAAAUCAUCUCUUCACCCAGUCAUCCUUUCCAGACUAAUUAGGAACUGUCUUGCUCUGAGGGGAAAACAAUCAAAGUAAAGCCAUCUCUGCAUAUGAAGAUGGAAAUAAGAAUACAAACAAACCUGUCAUUAGACACCUUGUAGCACUCAUGUGUCCAAGGGCAAGGGAGCAGGAUCUUUCCUUGGAGGAGUCUGUCCCAGAGCAGUAACUUUUCCUGUAAGAACUUCAAAGACAUUUUCAGUCCCCCUUCAGUGUUCAACAGAAGAUCCUUCACUGGGUAUAACCCAUCUGUGUACCAGAAGCAAGAUGAGGAAGAUUGCUUGGAAAGAGCAGGCUCUGAAAUCCAAAGCCCAGAUGUGUGUGUGACCACUCCCUCCAGGGCUCCAAGCCAGUCCAUCUGCAUCGAGACAACCACCACCACUUGAAAUUAUCUGACUUUCCAAAAGGAGUUAAUUAUUGGAUAAGAGCUUUUGGUUAUAUAAAAGCGAGGUUAUGGCUUUCAAGUCUGUUGCAAAAUGUCCCAUUUAAUUUCAGUAGCUUGAUUGUUAUUUUUAAUUUUUUUUUUAAUGCAACUAUUUAAUUUAUUUUGAAGCAUCGGUAUCACCUACUUACCAUUUCCAUAAAAAGCAUAAACAUCACUUGCUUUCCUUGCAUUGGAUUGAAAGCUGAGAUUUUGGGGCUGCCUCCUCCAUGUUAUUUAUAGCGUGAGCAGUUUUUGCAGCUUCUACAACACUCUUCAGAAGCUCCUGUUAAACAGACUAAACAUCUCAAAAAGAAAAUUCACUAAUUCUUCUUUUCCCCAUUAAUUUCAAUGCCAAGAAAGCCCCUUUGGAGUUACAGCUUCACAUUGUUUUGAAUCUCCUGUAUGUUCACACAUUCAGCAGCAGCAUUUCCCUUCCACCUAGGUCAGGAGUUUUCAUUUUCAGCCUGUGGCUUUGAUGUUUUCAGGACUCAAAGGAUGUGCUGGGAAAAGGUGUUUACAGCUACAAGUGUGGUAUUGGGAUCCCAGUAGUGUGGUGGGCCCUGGGAGCACCUCUGGCUCCUGGCACAUCUCAGCUGCUCUUGCAGCACUGAAUUGUGGCUGACACUCCUGGAGAGGUGCAGCCUGACAGCAGCAGGGAUCCUGAUCCUUCCAGCACUGGGUGCUGGAAGAGGAUGAGUGAACAGGGAUUUGGGGAGCUCUUUAUAUUCUUUCCAAGGUGGUUUUAAUAAGCUGUGCUGUGCAUUACAAUAAUACCUGUCAGGCAUUGAAUUUUGAUAUUUCAGAGUUAUUUUCUGCAACAGUUCUGACCUGAAGCAGUCUUAAUUGUUUCAUGACAACUUAUCUGCAAAGGACAGACCUUGCUCUUGGCUUUCCAUGUGGUUUUUCACAAAGAGUUAAUGGAAACACAGGCCCCUAAAAAUACAUGUGAAAGGAUUUUGAGGUGGUCAACUGAGGUAAUGUGUGCUUGUUGCAGGGAACAAGUGCACUGACUUCUCGAUUCAGGAGCUCUUGGAAUUUGAUCCAGAUGGAUAAAAACUGAAAAAAUUAAACCACCCCAAGAAAACUCCUCUAGCAGGAUGUGUGCUGGCUGGCCCAUACCUGUGUGCUGGCUGGUGGCACAUGGCAGGAGGAGCUCCAGGGCAGCAUUUGGGUGCAUUGGCCAAACUGUGCAGGGAACUUGGACAGCCUCAUUCCUCUGCCAAACUCUUGCCAGGAGCAAUUGAAUGCACAGAUGCUAAAUUUACCCACGCUGUAUGUACCUCUUGGACCAAAAACACUUGAGCCCACUGGUUUAAAAGGCAUGAGCAAUGCAUGUGUAACCAAUAAAUAUCCUGAGCACUCCCUGUGUCUGCACACUGAUAGUGUAACAGCAACCCCCCCUACCAUGGCUGAGUGUUCCACAGUCCUGGCAGAUGCAGCACAGCUGUACCAGGUGCUGCUGUCAGGCAGGAAGGAGCAGUCACAAAUGCAGAGAUGGGUGUUGGGGCAAACCCUGAGUUGUUUAUGGCAGGGAUAAGCAAUUGGACUGCCUGAAGAUUUACUUUCUUUAGAAAGACCUGUGCUUGGCUGAAGCGUUGUUUUGGGUCUAUUUCCAUGUUCACCUAAAGCCACCCAUGGGAGCAGUAACAGCUAUGAGGGCCAUAGGAUUUGGCAGGAGUCUGGCAAGAAGAGAACUUGGGCAUAUUGUGACCUCUCCCAAUGUCAGGAGAUGGAUGUUUAGAACAUGUGUCAGUUGAGUUAUAGAACCAGCUCGUGAGCAGGUAACACAUGCUGUGACCUGGCUGUAGGUGAUUGCCUCUCUGGAAAGAUGAGCCUUCAGGAAAGUAACAAUUCGUUAUAAAAAUGUUGUGAUGCAGAACUAUGCUGCCAUCCCUCAUGGCUUGGGUGCUGGUCACAGCUGUGGGCACCCUGGGCAGACUGGGCCAGUGCAAGGUGCCUGCAAGCACUGUCCCUCCUUCCUAUGGAGGUCUCAAGCUUCAUAACAAAAUGCACCCCACCAGUCUGGGAAUUGUAUCCAUCUCCUCUCUGCUGGCUUUAGCUAGUCCAGGGUACUACCUUGAGAGCUUUUCCCCUGAAGGGUCAGAGCAAAUGAGGUUUAUUUCCAUGGUGAUUACAAGAGUUAGCCAAGAAUCCAGAUUUUUUUAAUACCACAAACUGCUGCAUAAAAUUUCUGACUUGAUGCUUGAGUGGCUUGGGUCAGCAUCCCUGUCCGUCAGAGGGGAUGAGCACUGACACCCCCCAACCUGCAAGUGUUCCACAGUAAUUAAACUGAGACUCUUCCUUUUCAUCAGAUCUUUCAGUUUGGGUUCAUAAUUCUGUUUCAACAGCAGGAGGUGAUAACUGUCACAUCGUUAAACACAGUGUUGAAAUUGCAUUUUGGUACCUUAAUAGAGACUUUUAAAGGAAAAGCUGUUCUUUUAAAGGUACUUCUAGAAAGGCAUUAGAACCUUACAGCAAGCAGGAGAGGGGGAGGACAGUGCCUGUGGAAAUGGGUGCAAGUGUGCAGGGCCUGGCUGCCCCUGUGCUGUACCUGCUGGGUUCUCCAUAGGUCAUAAUGUUUCUUUUCACAAGGCUCUGUGUGCCCAGGAAGAGGAGAGAACUAAAUUUCAGCCUCAGAGACAAAUGUGAUGCAUUUUUGUGAUUGUGUAAUUGAGUGAUACCUUUGAAGGCAAACACAGUCCUUUUCCCCAUGGAUUUAGCAGGAGCAAUUAGAAGUGAGGACGCCAGAUAUCAUGUGCUUCAAUCAUAGACAAUUUGUAUGAAUUCCUCUAUGUUGCCAAGACAUGAACGUUCUGUUCUUAUUGUAUUUUUCUGUAAAUAUUCCUGGCACUAAGUUGUAAAGUAAAGGUAAAAUGUAAAUAUGAAGAUGUGAAGUAUGUUCUGUUGUCUCUAGUACUUUAUCUCUUAUUUGUUUAGGGAAGGCACAGAAAGGCUUGUUUGUAUUUAUGCCAAUUCUUUGUCCAGGAGAAACACAUCAAAUAUUGAAUGUAACACAAUUAGUCCAAUAAAUUUUAAAGAUUCUUAUCUA